GGCAGCUAUCCAUGAAAAAUAUCCCGUUAUGUCUAGAUGCCAUGGGAGAAAAACUUUUCCUCGAUUUGUAUGAAAUCAGAUCCGUCAGCGGAUAUUUAAUGAACUAAGCAAGGUUUUCCUCGGCCCCGGUGCGCACCGGUUCUUUCUCCAAAAUCGCCUCGGCGAGAAACAUGAGUUUGUCUGAAUGGAGGCUCUGACGCGUGCAGCUGCUCUGGCGGAGCGGAGCCGGCCAUGGCGCGUGCUCUCCUCUCUGUGCUUGAUAGCGCUGGUCUCCAUGGCGACGUCAGACCUUGCAGCUCCGGACUGGUCUUUGUUGGAUUCCAACACAACAAAGCAAUCUCUGAUGGAAGUGCCACACGAUGCAGCUUCACUCACCACCUUAUUAUACACUUCCUUCGAAGUCUUGGGACAGUCCAGUGACAUCCAGAGGACAGUCUCCAUUUUGCCUAACACUGAAUCACCCAAAGCCUCAGAGUAUUACUACAGUCACACCAUCGGCACCGUAUAUAGCCCGGCAUCCAUGCCACCUCCAAGCUAUGUCCCUAAUCCAGAACCUAUCUCCAGCCUUGCAGUACAUUCAGGCAUCCAGCUCUCACAGACGUCACCAAAUAUAUCUUCAACUGGGCUGGAUUCUUUUGCAGAACCACCAUUUCCACCACCUGAAUUACAAGCAGAAAGAAUUAGCAAUAGUGACACUAUGUCUGGAAACCAGGAAGAACUUUCUAACCAUUUAGUCCCGAGUCAUGACUUAAAUAUCCAAAAUGAUGUAACCUUAGAUGACCAUGAUCAUCAGUUAUAUCCAAGUCAUGCCAUUUUUGGAAAAUAUCAUGUGACAUCAUCUUUCACAGAACCAACUAUGGGUCCACCAGAGGUCUUCUUCCCAACUAGCACCAUGGAUAUGGACUAUGGUUCUGGUUCUGGUGAUUACCUGGAAACGAUGUCCUAUAUAGGAUCUGAGGGAGAUGACUAUUCUUUGGCCACUAGUUUUCCCUCUGACAUGUAUGACUUUGAGGACUCAAACUCUGAAUCCUAUGAUACAUCUUUUCCUACGAGGGUAAUGAUUCCUUUGUCCACAAGAUACCUCUCUCCUGGUCCCUCCUCAACUAUCCCUGAUAGACAUGUUACCACGAAUCCUAACAAACCCUUCGGUAUUACCCAAAAUUCAACCAGUACCCUCCAAGUAACCAGUAGCAAAAUGACAAUUUCUCAAAGUUUAAUGAUCACCAGAACCCCUACCUUGACCAGUAUUCCCAGUAGUCUGACUCAUAUAUCACUUUCCAGCUCUACUUACUUGGGUGUCCAAGCCAUCCAUCCUACAGCAGUGCAUUCCACUGCCUCCUUACAUCAGAGCAGCAUAGUCAGUGAAACUUCAGAGUCAUAUUUGAGCUGGCCUGAUGUUACCAUCGAGCCUAGUGAUGUUCUUCUGCCUGAUAUGAAUAGUCUGGAGUACUACAACAUUCAACUCACAAAGAAUAAUGAAAGCUUGACAGAACAACGGGGCAACCAGACCACUUCCAAAUAUUUUUCCCUCCCCCUGUCAGUAAGCACUACCAGCACCUACACUGUUCCUCCUAAUCACAUGUUAACAGUAAUGUAUGGAGAGGAUCUACAGCCCAUGGACAACAACUCCUGGCCUGAAGAAUCUUCUACAGACAUCUCAGGGUUUGAUUUGUCCAACACUACUAUCUUGGAUUUGUCAGGCAUAAGACCGAGUCUAAUGAAUGGAACGUUUCCAUUUUUGUACUCAUCAGCGUUAACUCCAUCCGUGGACUUUUCACCUUCCCUGUGGGAUCUGGCCUCAACUGCUGACUGGAUUAGCACAGAAUCUGUCUCUGCUGUAGCCAGCAGCACCUCCCCGUCAGUGUUUUUCCCACCCUCUGAUUCCGAGGAAUCAGAUGGCACGUUUCCGACUUCCACAAACAUCUACUGGUCUAUCAACUCGACUUUGCCAGAGACCUCACUCCCUACUUCUUCACUCGUCACUAAUGUGUUCACCCAGACACACAAUGCGUCUGCAGUGCCCACCGAGUCAACCCUCAACAGCACCUCUGCCCUUUCUGUGACCGAGAUGGCUGACCAAGGUUUCACAGGAGCAGGGGGCCCUUUCACUGAAGUUACAGACGAUGGAAUGACAACGAUCAGCAAGCCAGCAGUCUCUACCAUUUCAGUAUUAUAUAACCAAACAAAUGUGAGUACCGUGGGCCCAGCAACUGAGGUGUUUAAUGCUACAACUCUGCCUACAACCCCUUCAGUGACAACCCAGACUUCUACCCUUCAGACUACCACUGUCCGAGAGUACCUCUGCAACAUUACCAAACCUGAUACCUACUUAGUGCGAGUCGGUUUUCCACUUGGCUCCACAGCUGGUUACGCCAAAGCAAAAGUCAGAGAGAUCCUCAAAUCUGAAUUCAAUCGAUCAGUUGAACUGCAGGUGGUGAAAUCCCCUCCAGACUUUGUGUUUCGGGCUGUGUCUGGUCCUGUUGUCUACACAGCCAUAUCAGUUAUGAACGCUCUGAGACGGUUUACAUACACGUCAGACACCAUUCUCAGUGUUUCCCCAAUCAGUCCUGUACCAGGCCUACAGUACCACAUCCACUCUGUGCUUCAGUUUGUGCCAGUUCACAUAAACAUGCAUGUGUGCACAUUCAUCGAGCACGUUGAAAAAGGUCUGAUUUAUGCUUUCGCCGAAGUACGCCGUCGCUUAAAGGAGUCUACUGACUUUACUGUACACAUACUGAACAUCACCAUGAGCUCUGCGGCAGCAGCACAGACUCGGCUUCACGGCCCGGUGGACAUCACCUUUGUGGUACGUGAUGCUCGAGGGUACAUACUAGGGUCAGAGGUCAGCAGGCGCCUGAGGCGUCUCAAUGUGGUGGAGUUUAGCUACUACCUGGGAUACCCUGUUCAGCAGAUCGCAGAACCAUUUCACUACCCUGAGCUGAACACCACGCAGUUGCUGCGCUCUUCCUGGGUGAGGACAGUGUUGCUGGGCGUGAUGGAGCGUGAUGUGAGUGAUAGGAUUUUCCAGGCAAAGAUGGAGAGGAGACUAGCUCUGCUGCUUGGAGAGGGGCUCUCUGCAGGCCGACGCCUUAAAAGAGCCACCAGUGCGGGCAACAACAGUGUACAGAUUGUGCAGAUCACUCGUCUAGCAGAACUGGAUAAUCCUCUGGAGAUGAUCUACUUUGUGGAAGGAACUAACGGUGAAAGGCUGCCUGCCGUCACCACGGCAAACCUGCUCAACAGGCUGGACGUGCAGCACGCGGCCAUCUUGCUGGGAUACCGCAUCCAGGGAAUUCUGGCACAGCCUGUGGAGAAGCAAGCAUCAUUGCCGUCUGAGACAGAGAACACUAACACGUGGAUUAUAGUAGGAGUGGUGGUUCCUGUGCUGGUGGUGAUGAUCAUCAUCAGCAUACUGUACUGGAAACUGUGCCGCACGGACAAACUGGAGUUUCAGCCAGACACCAUGAGCACUGUCCAGCAGAGACAGAAGCUGCAGACUCCCAGUGUGAAGGGCUUCGACUUUGCCAAGCUUCACCUGGGCCAGCACAGUAAGGAUGACCUCAGGGUGAUCCAGGAACCUUUACCGGCACCAGCGCCAGCUAAAGAGCCAAGUGCCAACGAGAACACCGACGCCUCCACACCCAAAUCCAAAGGCUCCUCCACCAAGGCCUCCCGUAACAGCCAGCACAGGAGGGGACAGAUCUCUCCUUCCGAUGGCGAUUCAUUGGGAAGCGAGCCAUUCAGUGAGAGGGAGUCCCCGAAGGCGAACCCAAGACAAGCCGGACUGUCCAGUGAUCCCAAGCAACCUCGUCCUCCUCCACUGAAUGGUGCAGAUGAGCAGGUAUCAUCAGCCUCCAUUUUUGAGCAUGUGGACCGGAUAUCCCGCUCAGCUGAUGGCGCCAACAAGCGCUUCUCCAGCAAGAUCCAGCUGAUUGCCAUGCAGCCCAUGCCGGCUCUGCCCUUACCCUGCCCUGCAACCGACACCAAGGCUACCGACAAUGCCAAGAUGAACAAAGAGAUCCAGGUUGCUCUGAGGCAAAAGUCUGAGAUUGAGCACCAUCGCAAUAAGAUCCGUCUCCGAGCUAAGAGGAAGGGCCACUAUGACUUCCCCGCCAUGGACGAUCUCAUGGACAGCCUGGGGGAUGCCAAAGAGCAGGACCGCAUCUACCAGAAGGCUCAGAUGCAAAUCGAUAAGAUCCUAGACCCGGAUAGCCGCGUGCCCCCCCUCUACACAGAGCCCAAGAAAAGUGGCAGAGAAAAGCGUUCGCCCAAGCAGAGAAAGAAGCAGCAGAUGAAUGGAGAUCUGACAGACGCAGACAGAGACAGACUUAUCACUAACGACAGUGACGGCACGUACAAGAAGUACCCAGGAGUCAACAAUGUAGCAUAUGUGUCGGAUCCUGACCAGGGCCCUGAAGCUCAAAGUCCAUCCCCGACUGAUGAAGUCUUUCUGAGCUCAGUGUCGCCCCCAGCAGGCCACACCGCCCCUCCUCCACCCUACCUGCCCCCUCAGCCCUCUAUAGAGGAGGCCCGGCAGCAAAUGCACUCGCUGCUUGAUGAUGCUUUUGCCCUGGUAUCCCCCUCUUCACAGGCCACCAAUGCCGGCAUCACGCUGCCUGGGUUGGGGGUCAGGAGUGAACACACAGCUCUUUCCAGCCCUCCAUCACGUGGCCCACGACCCUGUGGGCCUUCGUAUCCUGUACUCAGCCCCUUCUCUGGGAGAUAUUCUGAUAUAGGCCUGUCACCUUCGACAGGACAAGGCUUAAUGCACAGGUCGGGUUUGGGAUGUGGUUACCCUCAAGCAGAAGGAGUUGGUGGAGAGCAGCUGCAGUCUGAGGGGCUCUACAACAGCAGAGGGGGCUAUAUCGAUGAACUGCCUUCUUCUGCCAGGCCUCGGCCAGUAGGGGGCACAACAGGUGCUCAGUUGCACCACAUGACACAGGUGGGCUUGUCAGGUCGUGUGAAUGAAAGCAGGCAGCCUGGUGCCUUAAACUGGGGGCCUUAUCAUGAAGAGGACUUCAGGCCUGUGAACAGAGACCCUGUUCUCAACUCUUUCGACUACCCCCUCGUGUCUGUGUUCCAGACCCCCAGGAGCGGAAUGAGAGAGCCGUCCGCCCCCCCUGCCCACCUGGACACAAUGGGCCUGGGUUUCUCUCCGUCUGCUCCUCCCGAGGAGUCCAUUCCCCCCAGCCAUUCCUCCGCCUCGCUCAUCAAAGCCAUCCGCGAGGAGCUGAUGCGCCUUUCCCAAAAGCAAGCAGCCCCUACAGGCUACCACAGCUGAGACCUGCUUCCUCCUAACAGCAAUACUGCACUGUACUUCCUAUGGAAGUGGUUUUUCAGUUGGAAGCCCAAAGAAGAAGUGUGCUUGAAAAAAGAGGAACUUUCUGACAUGACUACUUUACUGGCAGCCAAAGCUUUACCUGAUGUCAGUGCUAAGCAUUGUAUGUGAGUGAAAAGCCCAUCACUUACACCCUUUAAUAUUCACAUCCUGGCCCCUUUUUAGCACAGAUGGACAAACGCACUGUAUUGCGAUUGAUGAACAACACUGUCUUUGAUUCAGUACUGGACUUGUACCUUUUUUAGUCGUUUAAUUGUUUUUACACUGAAAGUCUUUACCUUACCUAUCUGAGGUGUCAUGGCAACCCAGAGUUUGUGGUAGCAAUUAACUGUUGUACUGACUUUGCGAUGACCGAGGAGACGACAGUCAAAACCUCACCACCACACAUUCCUUAAAGACCUUUGCUGUCAGAAGUGGUGUCUGUUUGUGGAGUACUGGUUUUAUUUUUUUUUUUCCUCUCUUUACCUUUGCAUUAUAAAGCAAAUAAUCUUUCGCGAAGCAUUCACUUGCGUGAACUUUCAUCACUGAAAAGCUGAAGGUUUGCUCUUUGUUAUUUUUUACUGUACCAGCAGCUGUUGCUUUACCGUGCACUAUUUUUCUAGAUUUAUAGUAGCAUUAGUAAUAGUUUUUUUUUCUUCUAAUAAUCCUCCUUCAUCCUGUUGUGGUGCUACUGUUUUUUUUUUUUUUCCGGUUUACUUUCCGGUCCUUAAACCACACAUUGCCUUCUGCUGUAAAAGAAAAGAAUUCUUUGUCCAUACAAAUCUCAGAAUAUAUGCAUGGACUUCUGAUCGUUUAAAUUGCAUAUAGGAGAGAGUUAGAUACAGUUUGCGUUAAUAUACCAGAUGCUUUUAUUUCACGUUUCUAUCAUGCAUGUUAAAGUCUAAUUUUUUUCCAUUUUCACUACAAUAAUUAUGCUAAUAUCCUGUCAAGUUUGCAAAACAUUACAGGUAUGAUGGUGACAAUUUGUCUCCAGUGUUUACCUGUAUGAUCUGUGUAAUCAUUCAGCGGCACAAAUACAUCAGUGGAUCAGAUUUGAAACUCUGAUCUGAGACCACCAUGAGGCCUGAUACCGAAGGCCUGGUCCCACAAUACCGAUAACUAUAAAUAAAUCGGUCCCCUGUAGUUUAUGUGGUCAGUGGUCACACCAGACCGAUAACGAUACCUAUAGCCCAGGCCUGGGUUUAUCCGUAUUGUUAUCACUGAGAUUGCUUCUGGAGCCAUUUUUCCAAGCCUGGACCUGAUCCGAUAAAACAUCUAUCUGACCAAUCGGGUAAUUGUUUACACGUGACAUUGUCUGAGCACGUGCUGUUUUUUCCCGGGCAUCUUUGACAUCUUUGUUGCAUCAUGAAGUCACGGAAUACGGAUUCACGGAGAAUAAAAAAAUAUAUAAUACAAAACAGGGCGGCACGGUGGUGUAGUGGUUAGCGCUGUCGCCUCACAGCA